AAAUAUCAGAAACUGAUUGUUAAGGCCUAGAGCGGCCUUAAGUGUUUGAAUUAUGUUCCUGUGACAGAUAGAUUGGUGCCACUGAACACCUACAGUACUUGUUGCCUCACUGACAUGGUUCAGUACCAUAUUAGGUUGUAGAUAACUGAUGUUACCAAGGGCUCUCAAGUAGCUAAAAAAGAUGAAACAGGGGGAAGAAAGAUAGUUAAUGUUACUCUCCUGUCUCAAGGACACAUCUCUUGUGAAUGACAAAGGUCUACUGUAUAGCUCAGAUACAUUUUUUUUACACUUUCCUGGCAUUAUGACUGUCUACUGUAAAUGAAGUGUCAUACAAACUACAGAAAGCGUUUUGCCUUGGAAUAGAUCAACUUAAUCAACUCUGCUGCGCCUGCUGGGAUUCACUCCUCAUUCUCCUCUUAUGUUGUGCAAAGAGGGAAAGUAUCACUAGGAAGCACAAAUAUGAAUUCUCUGCCGCUGAGAUAUGAAAAUGUAGAUGUUCUGAGGUGUAGUUCCUCUUCAAUUAAUUUCAUAAAUUCUGACCCCAGUCCAUCUGUCCAGUAAAGAUUUGUAUACACAUUCUAAAGCACUGUAAAAGUUAACAUGAUGUCAUGAUGUUUAAGACUGAGACAAUGAAUCUUCAUGUCAUAAAUUUGGAGCACUGGCUGAGCAUCUACAGUAUUGAAACCAUUAUUUUACAGUGUGCUAAACCAGAUCAGCCAUCAACAGAGGGGACCAGUUUUGUAAGAUGGGGAUCCAGCUUUUCAAUGAAGAAAAUUUCCUUCAUUUGUGUCUGUUUCAUUAUUUUGCUCUUCCUGUAUUUUUCCAAAAUACAUGAAUGGCCAUCGAUAACGAUUCUUUUGGAUCUCCAGUCCCACACUAGCACUGCACAGACACAUGCGACUGAGGAGCCGCUUGUUACUCCAUACAAGGAAAUGACAGUAGAGGAUGUAAUGUCCUCUUUACGGGGGAAUUUCCCAACAGCCACCAACUUCACCUCUUUCCAGAGCUCUUCCAGUGCCCGACACAGUGUGACCAGACUGGAGCAGCCCAGGGCCCAGUUCUGUGUGGGAGACACACUGAAUGUGCUGGUGGAGAUGAGAGACUAUAGGGGGCGACCAAAGGCCUAUGGAGGAGACUUCAUUCUGGCACGGAUCAACUCUCCCAAACUACAGGCUUCUGCAUCAGGAGAUGUCACUGACUUCCGCAAUGGCUCCUACCAUGUGCGUUUCACCUUGUUCUGGCCUGGACAGGUGCAGGUCUCUGUGCUUCUGAUCCACCCCUCUGAGGCAGUCCAAGUCCUCUGGAGAACCAGGAAGCAGAACUACAAUAAGAUUGCAUACACUGGAACGUUUGUCAACGGGAGCAAAACUGAGAAAUCCUUGUGUAGUUUUCGACUGCCCAAAAACCGACCUCUGUGUGAAUACAAAGAUGAGGAGCAAGGGGAAUACUUUGCCUGCGUCCAGCCACCAACCCUGCCCUGCAGCUCCCUGAAAACCCUGUAUUCUUACAACACCCCCGGACCCUCACUCACAAAGGAGGAGACUCGGCUGUUGGCCCGGGAAAACAUUGCAGUACCAAUACGCAACAACUUCAAUGCUGUGAAAGUCAUCAGUUGUACUGUCGCAACCCACAGACCAUCUGAAAAGUGUGUGGCAGGCAUGAAGUCCCCUUUUCCCAGUGGUUAUUUCUUUGCAAACAAGUGGACUUCCUCCUUCUGUCAGACAAGUUCCUUCCCCAGUGAAGAUGCUAUUAACAGCUGUCUGAUGGGAAGGAGACUCUACUUCAGGGGCGACUCCACAGUGCACCAAUAUUAUUAUUAUUUGGAAAAAAAGUUGACAGAUCUGAAAUUCCAAGGAUCAUUUGGUCCUUGUUUGUCUCAGCUGGCUGUUGAUUCUCGUAGGAACAUUACUGUCCACUAUAUGAAGCAUUUUACUCCCUGGAUCAGUGCUCAUCACAUUCCUGUAAAUGGUUGUGGCUACGUUUCCCGAGAUCUGGAAAAAUUAGAGCUUAUUGGAGAUGGGGAUGGCAGGCAGGAUGCAGUAGUCAUUUCAUUUGGACAACAUUUCCGGGCUUUUCCCCUGGAUUUCUUCAUCCACAGGCUCCUCAACCUCCGCCGGGCGAUCAUACAACUGCAGGCCAGAAGUCCCCAGACUCUGGUUAUGGUCAAGCUGGAAAAUACCAGGGAGUUGAACUCAAAGGUGUUGCGUCUGAGUGACUGGUACGGCUAUAUGCAGAAUAUGGCUCAGAGAAAGGUGUUUGGGGACCUGAAGGUGGCAUUGCUGGAUGCCUGGGACAUUACAGUGGCUGCCAACACCUUUGCUGUCCACCCUAAUGAAAUUAUUGUCUCCAACGAGGUGGCUUUGUUUCUGUCACACCUCUGUCAUUAUCCAUAAAGGCACCAAAGGGUUACGCUACAGCAAGAGUGUCAGACACACUUCCUAGAGAACCAAGAACCAGUGUGUGUAGUACACUGAUUGACUUUUGCUUAAUUCUUCUAAUUUGUAAUUAGCAUUUAAAAAAUGGAAGCAGUGCUCACGUGCAUGCUCUACACUGAGACUGUCGUGCAGAGAAUCAAUUUUUCUUUAGUAAAUUGAUAAUUAUUCUAUUUUUCAGAUUGUUACAGUGCCUCACAGUAGACAUUUUAGAGGGAAAAUUCAUCUCUUCAUUCAUCUCUCAUUUUCAGUAAAAAUGAGGCUAAGCAAUUCAAACAUUUUGCCAUACUGCGUUAUUGCUUUCAAGCUUUAUACACCGGCAGCACAAUAUAGUAACUACCUAGCUGCGCAAUACAGUAACUACCUAUCCCAGUGUGCAAAAUAAGGAAAAGUUUCAAUGUUUCAAAAUGUUCAUGAAUGAGAUCAUUCUUACAACUUCUGCAUUGUUUGUUGCCAGUUAAUUUUACUAUGUAUCUGUAGUUAGCAAGCAAGCUUACACAUGGAAAAACAAAAUGGAGGGAAUGACCUAGAAACACCAAAGGCUAGUAAGUCACGUCUGCAGUCAGCACUAUGCUGACUUGCCAUUUGUGUUCCACCUUAGCUAGCUAGCUCCACAGGUAAUGCAUUUUGGUUAAUUAGUAGACUGUGUAGCCAGCUAGCUAACCAUCCACAUUCUUUGACUUGCGAUUCCAGCUUUGUUUGGUUAGCUAGGCAGCUAUGUAACUUGUGAGUGAUCAUAGAGAAGAAAUAUCCAAAAAUGUUUGCAACUGUUUCCUGGUAUUAGCUCUAUAUUUUAUACUACCAUGAUACAGGGAAAGAUUUUAUGAGAUAUAACAAAUUGCAAUAGUGGUAUUAAAUGUUACAUCAGCCAAGGUCCCCUCAUUGCACCCUCUAGCAACUGCUCAGAUGCUUACGAAUUGUUUACAUGAUGUCGUUGAGAGUUGCACCUUCCUUCACCAUUUGUUUACCUGUGGGGGACUAUGGGACUUAUACUGUGACAAAUAUGUGAGACUGUAUGUGAGAGUAUCAUGCCUCAGCAUUCCUGUAUGAGUUUGCAGGAUGUAGUGAUGUGGUGAGCAUAAAGCACAACUGGCAAUUCCAAAGUCGAGGUAAUAAAGGAGGAAUUAAGUAUAAAAAGCAUAAAAAUGUGCAUUUCUUCUUGGUUGGCUGCAAUGAGUUACAGCAACGCCCUUUCACUGAUGAGCGCAGUACGUCAAAAUGUUUCUUUUUUCCUUAUCUUAAUCAAAGAAGUAAAAAUUAACAAGUGCUUCAGGUAGUCGUCUAAUUCAUUCAUUAUAGAUUCUCACACAGUGCCCCAAUGAUUUAUUGUUGAUUGUUUCUGUUCAUAAAGGGAAUACUGAAUUACAUUAAAUAGCAGAGAGCUAUAUUUGCUACAUUAACUGAUGCAACGUUUCAGUCUAGUAGCAUCCACUGCAGUUGUUUGUUGGAGGGUAUACUGUGGUCUGGAGUGCAGAGAGUAUUAUAAGCUUGUACUCAUUUGUUCUGUUGUUUGGUGGAGGAUGUGCUGUGGUCUGGGGCUCCUGUCUCUGGUGUUACUCAUUUCAUUUGAUUGACUAAGAUACAAAUUAGUCACCGCUUCCUUUGGUUCAGCACUUAUUUUUGAGUUGAGCUGCUAAAAUGGAAAUACUGCAAGUUUUGUUGGUGGCUAGUGUGGUGUUAUAUUUGUCUAUGUAGACAGCAUGAACGCAGCUGUUAUUUUCCAAGUGAUGUAAAUGGUGAAAACUCAACUGCACUUCAAAGUGGAGAAGA